CACUGUAUUUUUCGUGCUUCGUUUGGUCGCGUGACUGAAUGUUUGGGAACUUCUGAAAAAACGUCAGUGUGUCUUUCUUACGGGCGGCUCAUUGAUAACGCCAUGAUUGUCGGUGUGUCCGGCUUUUCACGUUGAGCCGGGUCAAUAUUCAGUUCCCAGACACGCUGAGUUUGAUUUUUUGAAUCGUUGAACUGCCGUUGGCUCUCGACACGUCACUGGACUGGAGUCAAUCGGAUGGAAAGAGUGAGAAAACAAGGGUCAUAAUGAAGAAUUUUCAUCAGGAGCAGGUGUGUCCCAGAGUCAGGGGAUUGUUCUGAGGACCUGUUGCAUCUAUUGCUGGUGAGUCUCGACUGUACGAGUCUUCAGGAUGGAGGAUCAUGCCAACUGUCCCAAUGUUAGCAUUCCCUGCUACAAUGAGCAAAGAGACAAGAAGAAGCGCUAUACUGUUUACAAAGUAAUGGUCAGUGUUGGAAGACACGAGUGGUUUGUAUUACGGAGAUAUGCUGAAUUUGACAAACUUUACAACACGUUGAAAAAACAGUUUCCCAAUCUGCAUUUGAAGAUCCCAGCUAAGAGAAUAUUUGGAGACAAUUUUGAUCCAGAGUUUAUAAAACAAAGAAGAACAGGGUUACAUGAGUUCAUUCAGAAGAUUGUUACCAAUGGACAGCUCAGCAACCAUCCCGAUGUCAUAGACUUUCUGCAGAUGAACAAAUCGAAAAACUUCUCUGAUGUAUCAGAAGAUGAAGAUGACAAGAGUAACUCCACCUCUAGAAACAUUAACCUGGGACCAUCUGCUAAUAUAUAUGCAAAGCCAACUGACUUUGACUUUCUUAAAGUCAUAGGAAAGGGAAGCUUUGGAAAGGUUCUUCUUGCAAAGAGGAAACGGGAUGGGAAAUGUUAUGCCGUCAAAGUCUUGCAGAAAAAAGUCAUUUUAAACAGAAGAGAGCAAAAGCACAUCAUGGCUGAGCGUAAUGUGUUGCUGAAGAAUGUUAAACAUCCCUUCCUGGUUGGACUGCACUAUUCUUUUCAGACAGCAGACAAAUUAUACUUUGUCUUGGAUUUGGUCAAUGGUGGAGAACUUUUCUUUCACCUGCAAAAAGAACGAACCUUUCCUGAACCAAGAGCAAAGUUUUAUAUCGCUGAGAUGGCGAGCGCUCUGGGUUACCUGCACUCUCUCAAUAUUGUUUACAGGGAUUUGAAACCAGAAAAUAUCCUCUUGGACUUUCAAGGACAUAUAGUCUUGACUGACUUUGGACUUUGUAAGGAAGGCAUAUCCCAAUUAGACACAACGACCACAUUUUGUGGGACACCUGAGUAUUUAGCUCCAGAAGUGCUCAGGAAGCAGCCGUAUGAUAAUACAGUGGACUGGUGGUGUCUGGGUUCUGUGCUCUAUGAAAUGCUCUUUGGGCUUCCUCCAUUCUACAGCAGAGACACACAUGAGAUGUAUGACAACAUUCUUCACAAAGAUCUUGUAAUGCGCCCUGGGACAUCCACAGCCGCCUGGUCCAUACUUCAGGCCCUGUUGGAGAAAGACCACACCAGGAGGCUUGGCUACAGAAAUGACUUUAAUGAAGUCAAAGGACAUGACUUUUUCUCAUCCAUCAAUUGGGAUGACCUUGAGCAGAAAAAGAUCACACCCCCUUUCAACCCUAGUGUGGAUUCCCAGUGUGACAUCUCAAACUUUGAUCCAGAAUUUACAGAGGAACCUGUGCCAAAGUCUGUGUGUAUCUCUUCAGGGAUGUCAAUAGUUAACGCUAGCGUCAUGGAGGCUGAUGCUGCUUUCGAAGGAUUUUCUUAUGCUCCACCAUCAGAGGAUUCAUUCUUGUUUGACUAAUGGUGAUUUCCAUAGGGCUGUGUAAAAUGGGUGUGCUGUGAUCGCUUUUUCUGAUAACUGGGAAGCAUUCGACAAACGCUGUGUACUAGUCAGAAGGCGAAUUCUUGUGUUGGUUAACAUAAACCUUUUGGGAUGCAGGGUGUUUCAAACUUUAUUUUUAUGCUUGAAUAACAAAUUAUAUUUUGUAUAACAUUGAACGCCUUACCCGAAACACAGCUCAGGAGCUGAAGUGUUGAUAUUUUUCCUCUCAGAAUUAUUUUCUAUGGUUUCUAUGAUAUUUGAAACUUGAGCAUCCUCUGUCACAUUCCUUGUUGUCGUCUUACACUUAUAAUAUGCAGUAUAUGACCAAUUUUGUUUUUGUAGUGUAGUCUAUUGUUAGAAAAAAAGCAUUCAUGUUAUGUCACGAAAAGCAAUUAAAUUGCUGUUUGACACUUUAA